ACCGAUAGAUGUCAUCCAGGUUACAUGAAAAAAAAGAGGGAAGGGGAAUUAUUUUGUUGCUAUGAUUGCAUUCCGUGUCCAGAUGGGAAAUUUUCAAACCAAAAAGGUGGGCAGUUUAAUAUGUAGUUAUCAUAAAGAACAUUGUUGAGAAAUGUAACUUAUUGGCAACAACCCCAAACAAUACAGGUAGAUCCUUUGGACAUAUGAAGACAAAUAGAAGAAGCAAAAUGGUUUCAUAUUUUCUCAUUGAUUAUUCGCAUUUCUAUCUUGUAUUUCUUCACCGGAAAGCAACCACCUCUACUUUUUCCACCUAACUUUCUGCUCAUGUUAAUCCCGAUGUAGAUUAAGCUGGGCUGAAUUGAGUUGAAUGUUUCAAUGAACAUUUAAGCUUGGAUUGGUUUUAUUUUUCAGACAUGGCUGAAUGUUCAAAGUGUCCAGAUGAUCAGUAUACCAACAAGAACCACGAUCAAUGCCUUCCCAAAAGUAUACAUUUUCUCUCGUUUACAGAACCUUUGGGAAUAACUCUAACUUGCUUGGCUCUCUCCCUUUCUCUGAUCACAAUUUUGGUGCUCAAGAUAUUCAUCAUCAACAAGAACACUCCUAUUGUCAAGGCCAAUAACCGGAACCUCACUUACGUUCUUCUCGUUUCCCUAUUACUCUGCUCCCUCUGUACAUUUCUGUUCAUUGGCCAGCCUAAAACAGUGACCUGCUAUUUGCGACAAACCAUUUUCGGCACUGUAUUUUCACUAGCUGUGUCUUGUAUAUUGGCAAAAACCCUAACUGUGGUUGUUGCUUUCAUGGCUACCAAGCCAGGAUCCAGGAUGAGGAAAUGGGUGGGGAAAGGAUUGGCAAACGCUGUAGUUUUUAAUUGUUCUCUUAUUCAAGCCAGUAUGUGUGCUGUAUGGCUGUGUAUUGCUCCUCCAUUUCCAAAUUUUGACAUGCACACGUUAGCUGAAGAAAUCAUUUUGGAAUGCAAUGAAGGAUCCGUCACAAUGUUUUAUUGCAUUAUGGCCUACCUGGGAUUUCUAGCCAUGGUUAGUUUCACGGUGGCUUUCUUUGCCAGAAAGUUGCCAGACAGUUUCAAUGAAGCCAAAUUCAUUACUUUCAGCAUGGUAGUGUUUUGCAGUUGUUGGCUGUGUUUUGUUCCAUCUUACCUGAGCACUAAGGGGAAAUACAUGGUGGUUGUGGAGAUUUUCUCCAUUUUAGCCUCUAGUGCUGCUUUAUUGGGUUUCAUCUUUUUCCCCAAAUGUUUCAUAAUUGUCCUGAAGCCUGGCCUGAAUUGCAAGGACUACCUAAUCAGAAAAAAAUGAUAUAUAUUAGGCCUGUGUGAUCUAUGUUUCUAUGCUAAUUACUAGAGGUGUGCAAAUUAAUCGUAUGAAAUCAGAAAUCGGAAGAAUUCAUAAGUUUUGUACAUUGAAAGUCUUUCUGAAGCGUUAGUGUGGCCCACUCUAAAAACUUAAAUAUCAAAGCUGACUCCCACACUUUUUUAUUGCAAGAAAGCAAGCUGCUACUAGUGAAAGCAUAAAACUACCAUACCUGCCUCCUUUGCCAUUCCUGUCCCUGUAAAUGGCUUCUCUGCUUGAAGACUUCAUGGCUUGUUCCUCAGUGUGAAGACAGGGAGGGGUGCAUUUUGGGAACAGCACAGAACUAAGGAAAUGUAGUUUGGGAAAGGGCACAGCCCUAUGCCAAAGAAUUCAAAGGUCUCUGCCCUCAACCACAUUUCCCAGUAUGCAUGAGAAUGAUAAUCAGGAGAGUAGUGAGGAAGUUGUCCCUCCCCUAAACAAACCAUUUAUAUCAAAACUUUACAAAAUUCUUUAAAAUCAGUAGAUGUAUAUUUCUGAAAGUAGGGGGAAUGAUCCCCUGUUAUCUUGUGUCAUCGGAUGGAAAAUUCAAGGAGUUAGCUCUUGUAGUUUUUUUUUAAUGUUGUGUUUUUAAACUUUGAAAAUUCCCCAAAAAUUUGUGGAUAAGUGAAACGUUAUGAAACUUGAUGGGCAAAGAGUGGUAAAUGUGUUUUACCAUUGUAGCAAGUUUUAUCCCAUUAGCUUUAAAAAAGCGGAGAUAGGUAUGCACUGUUCUUAUUCUCUUACAUUAUGAAUGUCCAUACACAUAUCUAUAUUAAAUAAACAUAUAUUCAAACAGACAUGCACAUACAUGCAUACUGUGACACAUUCCCACACACAAUUACAUAUUCUGAACACACAUACAUACACAUAUGAACCAGCCCCUUAAAACUCCUGAGCUCUGCACCUUUUAGACCAGUCACUUUCAGAUGAGGAAGCAGUGACAGGCAAAAUUAUAAUGUUGCCACACUUUGCAUCUUGAUUUAAUUACUGAAAGAAGAACCUAAAAAGGACUUGAACUAUCUUGUCAUCCACCUUCAUGCAUGCC